AUGCCUGUGCCGCGUUUCACUCCGAGUCUCCUGCGAUCGCCAAGAGCGAGAUGCUUCUCGACUUCGAUAUCUAGGAGAUCAUAUGAGGAUACAGUUCAGAACCUGAAAAUCGGUAAACACACCAGAGUCUUAUACCAAGGAUUUACAGGAAAAGUCGCAACACAGAACGCCAAGGAGUCUCUCGAAUAUGGAACCAACAUUGUUGGUGGUGUGAAACCAGGAGGUAGUGGAGAACAUUUGGGAUUGCCGGCCAAGGAGCAGUUGAAGCCGGAUGCUACUGCAAUCUAUGUGGCUGCUCCUCAUGCGGGAAAAGCUAUUGAGGAGGCCAUCGAGGCAGAGAUCCCUCUGAUUGUUGCGGUCGCCGAACAUAUCCCUCUCCAUGAUAUCCUACGAAUCAUGUCAAUUCUGAAGACGCAAUCAAAAAGUCGAGUAGUCGGUGCGAAUGCUCCAGGUAUCAUAUCAGCGAUCGGCCAUUGCAGGAUAGGCUUCCAACCGCUACCAACAUUCUCUCCUGGUCACGUCGGAAUCGUAGCCAAGUCAGGCACUCUGAGCUACGAAACCGUUGCCUCAAUAACUCGUGCUGGUCUUGGCCAGAGUCUGUGUAUCGGCAUGGGCGGUGAUGUCGUAGCAGGCACAAAUUUCGUUGACGCUUUGCGGGUCUUCGAGACCGAUCCUGAUACCGAAGCCAUAGUUCUGGUUGGGGAAAUCGGAGGAAGUGCUGAGCUAGAGGCCGCAGACUGGAUUAAAGACUACUACCGCCGCGAAAAGAACCCGAAAAUGGCUCCUGCUGGUAGAGUGAUGGGUCAUGCUGGUGCCUGGGCUGGUGUUGGCGAGGCUACCGCUGAGGAAAAGUACAAGAUCUUGCAGGAUGCAGGUGUCACCAUGGUCGAUCACCCUGAGAAGUUCGGCAACGUCAUGAAAGGCUUGUUGAAGCAAGCUGGAAAGGACGUGAGCAAGAUCCAACAAUCUGCAGUCGCUAACCAACGAAGAGGUUUGCACACUAUGAGGCGAGUGCGACCAAGAGUCACCUCGCAGGCUUCAAACUUCGGCACAAAUCAACAGCGAACUCUGCAUCUUCGUAAUCAGAAAGCAGUAGACCAUCUGAGCAAGUCUUUGAAAGGCUUCAACAUCACCGAGGAAACACCAAACAAUGCAGACAGCGUAUACUUGAGCAUCUCAGUCGACCGCUCUAGCCGCUCACCUUGCAUCAUUACCUCUCCAUCUGCCAACCCUCGCAAACUCCACCAUCGUCUGCGCCGCUUCCCCUUCUCCUAUCUCGAAGGUCCAGACCAAGAGACCAUUCUCGCAGCCAUCCAGCACUUGCAACUCGACGCCGCACCUCCCGCUGCUCACGCACAAACGGCAAAACUCAUCUCCAAACUCGCAGAUCUAUAUCGCGAGCAAGAAGCCGUAAGCCAAGCCGUCAAUCUCUCAAUCUCCCCUUCAGGCACUCUAAACCUCUCCCAACCCCAACUCUUCUACGACGACGCAGCCUUCAGAUCCAACAAACGACACCCCGACCUGCACUCCCUACGCGACACAUCCCUCGAACCCUCCGUCGAAGUCGAAGCCGAAAAAUCCGGCAUCGUCUUCGUGAAACUGCACCCCGAUGACGAUACAGCAAACAUCGGCACUUUGGUAAACGGAGCAGGCGGAAAAGCAACUUCGGAGACCGUAAAGACGUCUUUUGAACUCAUCCUCAGGGACCCGCGUGUCAAAGUCAUUUUUGUGAAUAUCUUUGGUGGACUUACGGAUUGUGGUAUGAUUGCUGAUGGUGUCAUUAUGGCAUUUGAAAAAGUGGAUAUGAAAGGGAUACCGGUGGUUGUGAGAUUGAGAGGGACUAAUGAAGAGGUGGGUCAGAAGAAGAUCGCUGAGAGUGGGUUGCCGCUGGAGGCUUUUGAUGGGUUCCAUGAGGCUGCGCAGAGGGUGGUUGAGCUGGCUAGCAGAUCAUGA